AAAUACGAAGCUUGAAUUAUGGUUCAGCUGAUGGAACAGGUUGUGCACUUAAUGAUUGGAAACGAAGAGAUUACCGAACAGCUAACGAGCAGAAUCUGAAGACAUCUAGUUGUCAUAAAACUCAAAUCGAAGCACUUUCUACCUUUAGUCGCCAAAUAUUCCAAGAACUUCUUGAUGAUAAUUUGGUAAUGGGACAAAUACAGCUAUCAACAUCUUCAAAUCAUGAAAAUAUCAGAAUAGAAAAUGCAACUAUAAACCACCUACAACACGAAAGAGCAUGGCUGAUUGAACACUUACUGUAUCUGCGCGGUGUAGAUGAUCUUUUGAUAACUUGGUCAAAAAUUAUCCAUCGAAUGGCAUUAGACUCU